AGUUACUCGGCUCACUCCACUCUCAUGAAGAGAGUUCUUUAUCACACUCUCUGUUCUUCUCGGCUCCGUCGGCCCUUUUUAUCCUCAACUCAACCGCUCGUCAAUCGAUCCCGCUCUAAUUUUCAGUUCCAAUUCUCCCCCCACUCCCAGAUCUGGAAUUUCUCUUUUUCUAUCUCGCUCACCAAUUCCCAAUCCCUAAUCUCUCCCUCAGAGGUCCUCUGCAUCUCGCAACUCAAACAUUCCUCGCCGAACACAAACACUUAUGCUGCUGCCGGAGAUUCGAAAUUCCGCUCUUCUCCGUAAUCUUCAAAAACCCUAAGUUUCUGUGAAGGUUUUGCUUCUUGUUCUUUCUACUUCCCGAAGUUCUCCUUCCUCCUACGAACUUACUCUGCUUGUCUGAUUCGGAGCUGUGAACCAUGGCGAGCGAAACCCUAGAGGAGAAAAAACCGGAGGAGGAAGCUCCAGUUGAGAGCAAAGAGGAUUCCGGGCCUGAAGUGGGCAAAGAGAAAGUCGGCGAAGAGAUGAAAGACAAGCAGGAAGAGGAAACCGAUGAGCUGAAGGAGAAACCCCAGGAAGCAGACGAGAAGAUGGAAGAGAGCGUAAAGACGGAAGGGGAGGAACACAAGGCAAACGAUAAGGAGGACGAGGAGAAGCAAGAAGAUAAGGAGGAGAAAGAGGACGAGGAAGAACCGAAUUCUGAAGUUGCCCCUGAAAAAGUUGACAAUGAGGAUGAGCCAGCAGAGGAAGAUGGUGGAGACAUAAAGGAGGAGGCGGAAGAAGAGCAAGAUAAGUAUGAUGGAGAUGCCGUAGAUGUUAAGGAAGAGGAGGAAGCAGGGAGUAAGCAAAGUCAACGAGGUGCUGCAAAUAUAGGUGAAGAGAAGACUCCUGAUCCUGAAGCCACCGAGGAGAACCAGAGUAAGGAAUCCGUUGACAAGAAAGAAGAAAUUCCUGAACAAGGAAGGUCUUCUGCAAGCCAGCCGUUGUCCAUUGAGAAGUUUUCUGUGAGGGUUGUUGUUCUUUUAUUUCCUGAAAUUUCUCCUUCUCUUACCAAGUUACUCUGCUCGUUUGAUUCAGACCUGUGCUCCAUGGCAAGCGAAAUCCUAGAGGAUAAAACGCCAGAAGAGGAAUCCCCAGUAGAGGGCAAAGUGGAUCCUGAGCCCAAAUCGGUGGAACAGAAAGCUGACGAGGAGAUGAAAGACAUACAGGAAGAGGAGGACAGGGAGAUGAUAGAGAAGCCAGUUGAAGUGGGUGAGAACAUGGGAGACCAACAAGAGGAAGAAAGGUUAAAGAAUGAAGACGAGAAACAUAAGGAAAACAAUGAGGACGACGAAAAGCAAGAAGAGAAAGAGGAGCAGCCGAUUCAAGAGAACAACGAGGAACAGAGUUCUGAAGUUCCUCCUGUAAUGGUUGACAAAGGAAAUGAGAACGAGCCAGCAGAGGAAGAUAUGGGGGAGAAAAAGGAGGUUGAAGUAGAACAAGAUGAGGAUGCUGAGGAUGUUGAGGAAGAAGAUGAUGGAGAGGAAAAAGCUGAGAGUAAUAAAAGUAAGCAAGGAGCUUCCAUGAGUUCUACAAAUAAAUUUGACAAGAAGUCUCUUGAAGCCACCCAGGACAAGCAGAAGAGUAAGGAAUCCAUUGACAAGAAAGAAGCUGUGACCCCAAGCAGUGACAGGCCAACCAGAGAGCGGAAGACGGUGGAGAGAUACUCUAUUCCUCAACGAGGGAGGUCUUCUGCAAGCAAGCCAUUGUCUAGUGGCAAGGGCCGGGGGACACCUCUGAAGGAUAUUCCUAAUGUGGCGUUCAAGUUGUCCAAGAGAAAAGCUGAUGAGACUCUGCAGAUCCUUCACACUUUACUUUUUGGAAAGAAAGGAAAGGUGCAAAGUGUGAAGAGAAAUAUUGGUCAGUUUUCUGGCUUUGUGUGGACUGGGAAUGAGAAAAAACAGAAGUCAAAAUUGAAGGAAAAGCUGGACAAGUGUGUAAAAGAAAAGCUCAUAGAUUUCUGUGAUGUGCUCAAUAUUCAAGUAACUAGAGCUACAGUGAAGGAAGAACUCACUGUAAAAAUCUUGGACUUCUUGGAAUCGCCUCAUGCUACAACUGAUGCUUUGCUCGCUGAUAAGGAACAGAAAGGUAAGAAGCGAAGGUCAAUAACUGGGAAGAAUUCAAGCCCUGAUGAAGCAUCAGUUACACCAGCUAAGAGGCAAAAACAGUCUUCCCAGGCCGAGGAAGAUAAAAAACGCUCUCCCAAAGAUGAGGAAGAAGAUGAGGAUGAUGAUGAAGAUGAAUCUGCAGAUGCUCGUGAGGACUCUCAAGGUGACGACGCUGGUGAGACUCUGCUCAAAGAUGAGAGUGACCAGGAUGAGGAUAACUCGGAUGAAUAUGAACCAAAAAAAGAAACACCAACUCAAAAGUCUUCAUCUAGAAAACGUGUAAAGGAUACCUCAAAACCCAGGGAGAAAGCUACACCUGUCAAAAGCAGCAUCCCUACAAAAAGUGCAUCGAGGUCUAAGAAGUCAUCCACUCCCUCAGCUAAACCAAGUGCAGACACUGAUAAGGGUUCUGGUUCGGUUUCUAAAUCCAAGGGAUCUACAUCUAGGAAACGCAAGGCUGAAGUAGAAGAUGUUUCAAGAAAGGAAAAUAGCAUGAAAAAGCAGUCAGGCAAGUCAAUGUCAAAAGCUCCUGCAAAAGAAGGAAAGUCUCGCAAGAAGGCCAAGGCUGAACCCACUAGAGAUGAGUUGCAUGCAGUUAUUGUUGAUAUUCUGAAAGAAGUUGAUUUCAAUACAGCAACUUUUACUGAUAUUUUCAAGCAACUUGGUAAACACUUCGGUAUAGAUCUAAUGGACAGAAAAGCUGAGGUGAAGGAUGUCGUAACUGAAGUUAUAAAAAAGAUGGCUGACGAGGAAGAUGAAGACGAUGAGAAUGCCGACGAGGCUGGUGGGGAUGCAGACAAAGAUAGUGAAAGUGAUGAUUAGUUAGGGCUGAUACAAGAGCUUCUCUCAAGACGAAGGGCAUCAAACGGUGCUUAUUUAUAAACAGAAGUGAUGGUAAAAACCUCGGCAGUAAACAGAAUCGAAAUAGCCAACUAGGGUUUGUUUGUACCAUUAUAUCCUCCUAAUCUGUUGCUUGUUUCUGGAAAACAAGUGGUGUUGAGCUGACACUGAAUGGAUAGUUGUUCUGUUUGACCAGCUCUCCCUACUUCGUUACUGGUAGUUUAAUUGCCUUUUCAGUUAGAUGUAUUGGCUGACCGUCUCUGCCACAGCAAAUGAGUAGUUAAUCUAUUUGUGUAAAGUCGAUGUGGAGCUGGAACAAAAUAGUAAAUGUUAACUUAUUUGCUUAGGUAGUCGUUUAGUUGUAGCUUUCUGUAACAUGGAAGUUGGAACCUCUUCUUUCGUUGGAUAUUCGUAGACUUAAUUGAUCACCUGUUUCACUUUUUUGAUCAUGCCGCUACUUUCAUUUUUAAAUUUCGACAAGCUUGUCAUCAUACCAUAUGCAGUAUGUCGAAGGAUCUCCUCAACAUCCUUGCGGUAAGUCUCUUGGUACUUUGCAAACAACCUCUUUUUUCUGGUUGGUUGGAUUCCUAAUAGUCUUCACAAAU